UCACUUUAAUCAACAAAAUCUACUCCGACACGUCAGAAUAUUAGGUUUUUUAUUUAAUUAUUUGCACAGCUGCGUUGUCAGAUUUCCAUUGAACAAAAUCCAAAAGCACGCACCAGAAGUCACCACUAGCAGCCAUGUCGCGAAACGUGGCCCUGCUGGGCCUGGCUCUGAUUGCAUCGCUCUGUUUGGUAGCCGCCUUACCCGUGACGCAAAACAAAAAGGCUGAGAAGGACGCCAAGGCGGAGGCGGAGUCCAGCACCCCGGCCACUGCCGACGUGGAGUCGGCCUUGGAGUAUGAGCGCUAUCUGCGGGAGGUGGUUGAGGCUCUCGAGGCCGAUCCCGAGUUCCGUAAGAAGCUGGACAAGGCGCCCGAAGCGGACAUUAGGAGUGGAAAGAUCGCCCAGGAGCUGGACUACGUGAAUCACAACGUUCGCACCAAGCUGGACGAGAUCAAACGACGCGAACUGGAGCGUCUGCGGGAGCUGGCCAACCAGGCCUACGAUCUGGCCAAUGACAUAGACCGGAAGCACCUGAAGGUGCCACAGCAUCUGGAUCAUGGCAACGAGCACACCUUCGAGAUUGAGGAUCUGCGCAAGUUGAUCCAGAAGACAUCUGACGACCUGGCCGAGGCUGAUCGCAAGCGACGCGGCGAGUUCAAGGAGUAUGAAAUGCAAAAGGAGUUCGAGCGAGAGGCACAGAAAAAGGAAAUGGAUGAGGAGUCGCGCAAGAAGUUCGAGAAUGAAGUCAAGGAGAAGGAGAAGAAGCACAAGGACCACGAGAAGCUGCAUCACCCAGGCAACAAGGCCCAGCUGGAGGAAGUGUGGGAGAAGCAGGAUCACAUGGACAAGAAUGACUUUGAGCCCAAGACCUUUUUCUCGAUUCACGACGUGGACAGCAAUGGCUAUUGGGACGAGGCGGAGGUCAAGGCAUUGUUCGUCAAGGAGCUGGACAAGGUCUACCAGAGUGACUUGCCCGAGGACGACAUGAGGGAGCGCGCCGAGGAGAUGGAGCGCAUGCGAGAGCACUACUUCCAGGAGACUGACACCAACCACGAUGGCCUAAUCAGCAUUGAGGAGUUCAUGAUGCAGACAAACAAGGAGGAGUUCCAGAAGGAUCCCGAGUGGGAGACCAUCGACCAGCAGCCGCAGUACACGCACGAGGAGUACUUGGAGUAUGAGCGCCGGCGCCAGGAGGAAGUCCAGCGUCUGAUUGCUCAGGGACAGUUGCCGCCGCAUCCUAACAUGCCGCAGGGCUACUAUGCUGCACCGCAUCCUGGUGGCGUGGCCUAUCAACAGCCGCCGCCGCAGCAGCAUCCUGGCGCCCAGCAGCCUCAUUACCAACAACCUGGACAGGUGCAUGCACAGCAGCAGCAGCAAUAUGUCCAGCAGCAGCAACAGUACGCCCAGCAGUACCAGCAGCAGCAGUAUGGAAACGGGCAACCAGUGCAGCUGCAACCUAAUCAGGUGUAUCAGCAUGUCGGGGCGAUUCCGCAGCAACAACAGCCGGUGUAUCAGCAACAGCAGCCUGUUUAUCAGCAACAGCAGCCUGUGCAGCAGCAGCAACAGCAGCAGCAGCCUGUCUAUCAGCAACAGCAGGCGCAGCAGCCUGUGCAGCAGCAACAACAGCCCGUGCAGCAGCAACAGCAGCCUGUGCAACAGCAACAGCAGCCCGUGCAGCAGCAACAACCUGUGCAGCAGCAACAGCAGCCUGUGCAGCAGCAGCAGCAGCCCGUGCAGCAGCAACAAAUAAAUAAUCAAAGCCCUCCGCCUGCUCAAAAUCAACAGGUGCCAAUACAGCAGCAGCAACAGACACAUCAACAACAGCAACAACAGCAGCCACAAAAGUAACCGCUUGAAGCAUUCCUUUGCUGUAGCAAAGCCACGUAAGCGAAGCAUUUCAAAAAAUCUGGUAUCGAGAACACAAUGUGAUUGGACUGAAGUAGUAAACAUUAAACAAAAUAUAUAUAAAUAUUUCCCCAAUAUGGUUAUGUAGUAAAUUAAACAGUCAAGACUUGAUUGUUGCCACGUUCUCGCAAUUAACAGUCUUUCCAAUUUUGUAUACUUUUUAUCCUUUUGUACGCAUUCUCUAUCUCUCUCUCUCUUUCUCUCUGAUCUAGGAGCCUUGCAUUUUGUGCAAUGCAUUUCUUAAACGAAUUUGUUUGUAUAUAUGAGUUUAUUUUUUAAACGAGAAAUACAUAAACAAUAAUCUGUUUAUUCAA